AUGACAAUAAUUCCAAAGGCCAUAUUGUUAGAUGUUGACGGAACAAUAUGGAAAGCAGGAACAGUUUUCCCAGGUGUACCAGAAGCAAUAUCUGAAAUGAGAAAGAUGGGAUUGGCUGUAAUUAUUCUAUCAAAUAAUUCAUCGCGAGACAGAGCACAUUUUGCAAAAGUUUUAUCAGAUAAAGGCAUUGCAAAUUUGUCAAAAAACGAUGUUUUUACUGCUGGUUAUACAUGCGCCCUUAAAAUGAAAGAAGAUGGAAUAAGAUCUGCAUUAGUAUACGGAUUUGUCGGAUUAAAAGAAGAGCUGGAUCAUAUAGGAAUACAAACAUAUACAUUUAAGACACUUAACGAGAUCAGACACCUUGAUGCAAUUGCAGUUUGCAAUAAUUUAACUUUCGAUUACGAUCAUCUUUGCAGAAUUGCAACUAUUGUUAAAAAAUACGACUGCAAGAUAUAUGGAGCUAACCCAGAUACUUCAAAUAUUGUAGCCGGAAAAACAAUUUGUGGUGCUGGAUCAAUGGUCGCAACAAUUGCUACUUUAGCAGGAAAACUUGAAGCAAAUUUAGGUAAACCAUCACCAGAGCUUAUUCCAAUUUUAGAAUCAAAUUUAAAAAUUGCCAAGGAAGAAAUGAUUAUGGUUGGCGAUCGAAUACCAACAGACAUAGAGUUUGGCGCUAGAAAUGGUCUCAAAACCAUAUUUGUUCUUACAGGAGUCGAUAGAAAUACCAAAAUUGAAAGUUUGGAUCCGGCAAUUCGACCAACAUAUAUACUGCCAUCUCUUGCUGAUGUUCCAUCGUUACUUAAAGAAGAAUUUUUUAAAAAUGCCAAGCCAAAUAUUCAAAAACCAGUUACCCCAAAAUUGGGAGGCCCAAAAUCAAAAAUUCAAUUCACAAACCAGCAACUCCAAAGAUAA